AUGCAUAGAUCAUCACAUAAACGAUAGCGAACUUCCAAUACACCAAAAAGAUAAAAAGAAUAAGAUAAUAACCCUAUACCAAGCUAAUAAGUUGCAAAAUAAGUUAGAAAUGAUGAGGCUGUUUAAUAAUUAAGUGUUAUAGACAAUCCUAAAAAUUAACUUAGAAGAUAAGAUUCUCAAAAUUUUCACUUGAGAUCUUCUUAAAAUUUAGAGAAAUCAUAUAAUUUGAGUAUAUAUCUUAUCUAAAAUAAGCUGAUAGAAUUAUUUCUCCUGCAAGAAAAUUAGAUUAAUCUCCUAAUUUAAGAAAGAAAGAAAACAUCAAAAUUAUUGAUUCAUAUGAAGCUAGAUUUGGUAAAUUGAGUACAGAAAAUCUUUAACUAUAAAAUCAAAUAUAAGCUGAUCAACAAAAAUACAAUAAAAUGAUUAAUGAAUUAGAAAUUCAAUUAUCAAAUCAAACUUAUAAAUUAUAAACAGAAUAACAUAAUAUUAAAUAAUAAUAAUUGUUAUUAUAAAAAAAGAAUGAAGAGAUUUAACUAUUAGUCAAUGAAUUAAAAAAAAAUGAAACUAAAUUUAUAUAGCUUUCAUAAAAUGUAUUUAUUAUUAUUUAUUAAUAAGAAUGCUUAAAAUAUUGAUGAAAAUUAAAAUUUGAAAUCCCAUAUCUAAAAUUUAGAAUAUGAAUUAUAAAAUUUGAAAUAAUAAGUACAAGAUACUCAUUUCAAAAGUGCAAGACAAAUUGAAGAAACAAAAAUAAAAGUUGAAAAUGAUUGUUCUCAUCAAAGUUAAAUACAAUUAAAGGAUAUCUAAUAAUAACAUUAAUAAAUCUUGAGCAAAAAAAAUGAUUAACUUAUAUAGGAAUAAUAAAAAUAUUCAAAACUCUUAAGUUAAUUUGAUAAUUUAGUAAAUGAAAAAAAUAAAAUGUAAUUAUUGAUAGAUGAUCUAUAAGAUGAUAAAUUAACAAUUUAAUAAUAAAUUCAUUAAUCAAAUUAAAUGUGUGAAGAACUUAGAUUAAAAAAUAUUAGUUUGACUAAAGAUUUAUAAUUAAUUCAUGAUAAAUAAACAUAAUAAGAAUUUUUACAUCAAAGAUAAAUCUAAGAAUUAAAAUAAUAUUAUGAAUAAUAAUAAAUAAAUAUCUUAUAAAGAAGAUUAAAUGAAACUGAAUUAAAACAUUCAACAGAAAAUUAACAAUUAGAUUAGAUAAUAAGAGAUUUAUAAUCAUAAUUAUAACAAUCUGAAAAUAAUUAUUAAGUAAUGAAAACUGAAAAUGCAAAAUUAUACUCUAUAGAUUAAGAAUAAGAGAAAGAAAUCAAAAUGUUAUAGUAAGAAUUAGAAAGAAUCAACAAAUUCAAAGAUUUAGAAAUAUAAUAAUUAUAAGAAGAUCUUUAAAAAUUAAAACAAUAACUUUUAGAAUAAUCAUCAAAAUAUUAGACAAAAUUACAUGAAUUGAGCAAAUAAUAAGUUAUUGCUAAUGAUAUCAAGAGUGAAUUAGAAUUAUAAAAGAAUGUUACAAAGGAAAUUGAAGCUAAUAUUAGAGAGUAAUGGGAAACAGAUAUUUUAGAAUUAAAAAGCUUUCAUUAAUAAUAGAUUUAACAUAUGGAAGAAUAAAUUAAAUACUUAAAUGUUGAGAAUGAUAAAUUAACAAUCUAAAAUCGUAAGAAAGAUGAAUAAUUAAAUGAAUACAAACUUAAUUAAUAAUUAUUAGAUAAUUCUAUAAAUGGUUUGAAACAUUAAUUAAGUGAGACAGAGAAAUAAAAAUUUAAGGAAAUAGAAGAUUAUUAAUUUGAAUUGGAGAAUUUCAAAAAAGAAUUAAAAGAAUAAAAUAUAAAGUUACAAUAAGAAAAAUAAAUAAUGGAAUAAUCAUUAAAAUAAUAAAAGUAGAAAGUAAAAGAAUUAGAAACUUUUAAAAUUGAAUUAGAAUUCAGUUCUUCUCAAUAGAUAUAAAAUUAUUAAGAACAAAUUAAAUAAAAAGAUUGGUAGAUCAACUAAUUUAAUUAAGAGAAAUAGAAAUUUGAUUCUUUAUUUAAAUCAACAAAAGAAAAAUUGAUUUAAGCUGAAUUUUAAGUAGUAGAAUUAAAAUAAAGUGCUGAUAUUUAUUUAAAAGAAUUAGAAGAAUCAACUUAAUAAAGAGAUCUUGAAAGAAAUCAAUUUAAUUAGAAAUUUAGCUUUUAAGAAACAAGAAUAUCAUAAUAUAAAUAAGCAAUUAAUUAAUAUGAAAUUGAAAUUCACAAUCAAAAUAACUAAAUAGAUAAAUCAUAAAAAUAACUUGAUCAUGCUCUGUUAGAAUCUUAAAAGAAAAUUGAAGAAUCAAGAAAGAAAGAAUAAAAAUUAUUAGAUUAAAUUGCUAAUUUAAAUUUAUAAUUGUAAUCUAAUGAAGAUUAAUUUAUUAAAUAUUAGGAAGAACAUAAGGAAUCAAAUAAAUAAAUUGAAUAAUUGCUUUAAGAAAAAGAUUCCUUAAUUAAAAGUUUAGAAAAUUAAAAGGAAAAAUUAGUUGAAGUUAAAAAUGAAUUAACUGAAGAAAUUGAAUAAUUAAAUUAAAAGAUUCAAAAUUAUGCUGAAGGAGAAAAUUAAAGAUAAGAUUGGGAAUUUUAAGUUGAAAAUGAAAAAGUAUAUAUUAUAACAUUAUAUUUAGGCUGUUUUGAAUAAUGAGAUUGAAAUAUUAUAAUAAAAAUUAGAUCAAAAAGAAUCAAAAUUAAAUUAAAUAUUAUAAUAAUAUUCAAAUUUGGAAAUUCAAUUCUAAGAUAAAGAAGUAUUAUAUGAUUCUCUAAGAAAAUAAAUUGAUUAAAAUUAUGUACACAUUGAAGAUUAUGAUUAAUUGAAAUAGAAAAACAGCAAUUUAUUGAAUGAGAUUCAUGAAUUAGAGAGCAAUUAAUUAAAAUCAAAUAGUGAGAAGCAAUCAUUGAGAAGAUAAGUGGAAAAAUUAAAGAGUGAUCUAGAAAUGAAAGAAUAAGAAUUUGAAUAAACAUUUGAAUAAAUGAAUAAAAGAAGAGGGGAUAAUGAAGAUGUAUCAAAAUUGACAAAAGAAAUAUAAAGAUUAAAUUUUGAAUUGUCAGAUGCUUAAACAUUAUUGUAAGCAAAAAGUGAACAAUUAAAUAUAAUGAGAAGAGAAAAUGAUGAAUAAUUAGAACAGUUAAAUAGAUUGAAAAGACAAUUAAAUUAAGCAUCAGAUAAAGAAUUAAUAAGAAAAAUAGAUAGAUCUGAACAUUUAGAAGAAAACUUUUGA